GUGGCCAUAUGUAUUACAUUGAACACACUGAACAUACAAGACACACAGAAUGACUUCUUGAUGGUGGUGGAUUUUUAACGUCUUAGGUCUAAAAACGUUUUCUUUGGCGUAUUAAAUCUCUACCCUUUCCUGUGACGGAAAGAAAGCGAGCACUAUCCUCAAUUGAACUCCUCGGCCGCGAAUUGACCAUUAAACCUCACGUUUCUGCACGCAUAUUUGAACGACAAAAGGGUAAAAUCGUGCGUGAAAUACCGGCCCAACACACAAGUUACUCGUCUGGUUCCCGAGAUCGCAUAAUCUUGUUCUUUUUCUAUCAAGUGAGCCCUGAACUCCACGCAAACGAUUUAGGAACAAGCAGGGAAUUGAACAUUAUUCAAGACUGUUAUUGGAGUUUUGUUAGUUGUAUGAGUAUUCUAAGGACCCUCUUAUUAUCACAAGUUGAAAACUCUGGAGGACAAACAAAAUGAAUAAGUCUAAAGCAAAGAUGGGCAAACCCUCCACCCCUCAAAAUUCAUCGGGGAACUGCAAUGUUGCUGUUACGAGUCGCAACACACCACCUUCUAGAAACAAAUCUGACAAAGAUAUCCCAUAUGAAGGCAUUUACCAGAAUUUAAGAUUCUGUGAAACAAUUACUUCCCUUAUGGGGAAUACAGUUCAGAUCCAGCUUUCGAAUGGGAAAAUAUUUGAAGGAAUUUUUAGCACAUUUUCUCCUCAGUUAGAAGUUGUUUUAGAACUGGUUCAUACAGUUGACCCCAGCCAACCUGAUAAGAUUGAUGUUAAAUCAGUUUCUAGGGAGGUUGUCUUUGGUUCCCAAAUGAUUGUGAUGAUGAGCUCCAAAGAUGUGGAAUUGGACUAUGCCACUAAAGAUUUUGCCACCGAUACUUCCAUAAGCCGUUUUAACGGGCUCAGUGGAGAAAAAGAGCUUGAACCCUGGGAGGGAGAUGGUGAUGACUGUAACAUUUCCUUGGAUAAUGCGAAUGGAUGGGAUCCUAAUGAAAUGUUUGCGAGAAACGAAAAAGUGUACGGAGUUCAGACGAGUUUCGUUGAAGACUUGUCACAGUAUACAUGUAAACUUGAAAGGAGGGACUCGGCUGAAUUCAAGGAAAGAGAAGCUCAAGCGUCUCUCCUAGCUAACAGUAUCGAAGGGAACGCCGUCUCUAAAGCGCAGGCAGACCUAGAAAAUGCCAGUGACGAAGAAGAAAAAUUCUCAGCCGUAGUGAGACCAAACCACGAGCCACGUGAACGCCGUGAGCCACGUGACUUCCGAGACUUCAGUAAUCGUUCGUCUGACCGAGGAGGGACCGCAGCGAGUGGCAGCGGAGGAAGCACGGCGUCCACCAAUGCCGGCGGGGGUAGUGCCCAUAACUCGAAAUACGUUCAUCCGAAUAAGCGGCCUAUUAAAAGUGGUAUUCAAAACAUGGGCAAGAUGGUGCGCUCAACUCCCCCUCCGCACGGUGCUCAUGGAGGACAUGCCCACUCCAACCUAGCUCCGAGACAUCAGUCGGUAGGAGGUGGAGGAGGCGGAGGAAGUGGAUCUGGAUCUGGAUCCUACCACGGAGGCAAUAACUACGACGGUGAUGGUCGCACUUCGCAGUCGCACCCAAACAACUCUGGGUCAGUACAUCAUGCAGGUGGAAGUUACCAUCAGGGUGGGCCACAGCAUCAGCCAUUCCAAGGAUCUUCCCAGGGACGGGGUUCGUCUUCUGGUCCCUAUUAUGGUCGCUCCCAAGGACCGCCUGGUGGAUAUAAUAACAAUAAAAAUUCUGCUCAACAAUCCGACUCUCGUGUGGCGAACGGCGAUGAGCGAAAAGUCAUCCGCGACUCGGCUUACGAUUCGAAAAGCGGUCAUGCUCCAUCCCAUUCCCACGUCCCAGUUUCGUCUUUGCCCCAACGGGAUCAUGGUCCGAAGGAGCAACGGAAGACUUACGCGGGCAAGACCAGAGACGAUCAAAACUCCGAUCUGAAGAAGUUCGGUCAAGAUUUUCGCCUUGCUUUGUCAGGGCCAGCCGAAAGUACCCCUGUGGAAGAGAAUAAAGCAGCUCCUUCUCCUACGACAGGCAACCCGGCUCCAACACCUAACAAAACAAGUACUCCGCCUCCACCGGCUCCAGUUGCACCCGUUAUUUCCCCAGCCUCUGGCGCCACAUCUGCCUUGACUCCUGCCGCCCCAACGGCACCCGUGGCUACGCCUUCUGCUCAGACUGUUCCGGCACAGCCAUCUCGUUCACCGGUGGUCAGUCCCGUGCAGGUCAAUUCGACGCCCACUGUGGUCACGCCUCCUGGCGCUAGUGUUGGUACCCCUCGCGAAGCAACACCAGUGGAAGAUAAAGUAGGCGAAUCCGUAGAAAAGAUGUCGUCAGACACGUUGAAGAAAUCUAGCUUGAAUCCAAAUGCGAAAGAAUUUGUACUAAAUCCAAACGCCCGGGUCUUUGUACCAACCCCCCCUCGGUCUCAUACGCCACAGACUCAACAAAGUGGACAAAUGUUGAUACCUGCCCCUAUGGGCCAACUAGGACCUUCAAUGGGAGGUGGUAUGGGUGGUUCGGGUAGUCCAGCGCAAGGGCUUCCUCUAAUGCCUGUCGUUCACUACGUUCAAGCGAAUGCGGGUGGAGUACAAAAUCAGGGACCCAAUCAAGGUGGCAAUCAGCCACACUAUGCAUCCCAUAAUCCAGGUGGAACGCGAUUCCGCAAACCCUCACCGAUGCCCGUCAACCAUCGACCGGAUUUAGCGUCAUCGAUGCACGUGGCCGCCGCCACGGGACAGCCUUUGAUGGCACCUGCCCCAAUUAGUGGACAACAGAUCUUCUAUCCGCCGCAAGGUGCCAUGAUGCAAGGGACACCCCAGCCUUAUACACAGUUGUACGCGAUGCGCUUAGUUGGACCGCAAAUGCAGGGCAUGGUUUCAAACUCUUCUUACGGUGAUACAAUGACAACGGGACACGGUCCAAUCUACAUGACGUCACAUAUGUCACCGGGCCAUGGCCAAGGAAUGAACAACCAAGGUCAAAUGGCACCUUCGCAACAGCAACAACACCACCACCCAAAUUCGACUCCGUCGCCAGCUCAACAGCACUCAAUGGCCCAAACUCAAGCCGGGAAUCCCCCUCAAUUGAUUUACCAAACAGCUGGAGGACAUCACGGACACUCACAAGGUCCCCUUCAUAGCCACCACGCCCCAUAUCCUAUGGUAUUAUUACCUCCAGGUCAUACCCAGCUGCCACCGGGCGUUUCUGGUCCGUCUGUCGGUCCAGGAGGUCCACAGGGUGUGCAGCUCCUUCCGCUCGGGUCAUCGGCCGCAAUGGGCAUGCCCAUACCUCAAAUUCAUUACAUUCAGCAAGCCCCCGUAAUAGGUGGGCAGCCUUCCCAUAUGCAACAAUUGGUUCCUCAUAAUCAAUAAGUUGUCCACAUACAAAAAAUAACCAAACAGAUACAAAACACAAAAAAUUUCCAAACCAAUCAAAGUCUACCUACAAGAAUUCAAUUCAUCUCUUCCCAUAAAUUUCCUUCGAUUUUGUUCUUCAGAAAGAAAUGAAAAGGGUAUUAACACUUCCUCCUGUUCAUGUACCGACAGACGACCUAGGCAACUGGUGAAACUGAGUGAACAAAAUUCUUGCAGUGGAUACAUUUGAAACCAUUGCCAUCUGUUUAUUAAAGCGCAUCCUUUUUUUUUUUUUUUUUUUUCUUUUUUCUUUUCUUUUCUUCGCCGUACAAAAUAGGUGGCAGAGGUUUCAAUCGCCCAUCUAACCUGUAAUUGACAGAAACGAAUAUUUUUCUUCAUAUUUUUUCUUGUUCCUUCUUGAAUUUCAAAACUUUUCAAUCUGUGCAGCUGUUGUUUUCGGUAAACUUUUUCAGCCUGCACCUUUUUUUUUUUUUAUCAUAUCCAUCAGUAUAUGUUUCCUGGAAACAGCUAUCAAGUUAAACUGGCUGAAUUGGUACCCUUUGAAGUUUAAUUCAACUUGAAUCAAUCAAGAUUUUUCCUCUGGAAAAAGUCAACUACCCUACUGAGGAAUUAUUUAUUGAGAACUUUUUUUUAAAGAAUUUUUUGUUUUAAAACAACUUCCCUCUUCAUUACCCAAAAUCUUGAAAAAUAACAAACAUUGAAGAACACAGAAUUGGCUGAAACCUUCUCCAUCAAACUACUUUACUGUAGCAUUUUCUAAUGCAAAGGGAAUUUAAAAAAUAUAUUUGAAGAGAAACAA